CGAAAUCUCACCGUCUUUCAUUGCAGACCAUCAAGCCUUCACCGAGAAGCGAUAACAGCAUCUGCUGCUGUUAUUCAGCUCUCGCAUCUCAAUGACACUGUCCAGUGUUAACUCUCGCUUUUUUUCAUAAGAGAUUAUUUUCGUAGACUUUGCCUUUUGGUUUUGUUUUGUCAACAGAACUUUGUACAUUUUAUUUUCUUUCCACCAUGGUGCUAGGAAAGGUGAAGAGCUUCAUUGUAAGCUACGACUGUCUAAAUGACAGCAAUGUCCCUGUUUUCUCCAGCGGGGACUCCGUCUCAGGAAGAGUUAUUAUUGAAGUCACCGGGGAGAUUCGUGCGAAGUCACUGAAAAUACACGCAAAAGGAUUCGCAAAAGUUCGUUGGACAGAAUCACGAAAUGCUGGAUCCAACACUGCCUACACUCAAAAUUAUACAGAAGAAGUGGAAUAUCUGAAUCAUAGAGACAUCCUUAUUGGCCAUGAAAGAGAGGAUGAUAACUCUGAGGAAGGACUCACCACUAUUCAUUCAGGAAGACAUGAGUAUGCAUUCAGCUUUGAGCUUCCACAAACACCUCUGGCUACCUCGUUCGAAGGAAAGCAUGGCAGUGUGCGCUAUUGGGUCAAGGCUGAGCUGCACAGGCCAUGGCUUCUGCCCAUGAAGACCAAGAAAGAGUUCACUGUCUUUGAACACAUUGACAUUAACACUCCUCUUCUGCUGUCUCCCCAGGCAGGAACUAAAGAAAAGACGCUAUGCUGCUGGUUUUGCACCUCAGGUCCAAUCUCUUUAAGUGCCAAAAUUGAACGGAAGGGUUAUACUCCAGGGGAGUCCAUUCAAAUCUUUGCUGAAAUUGAAAACUGCUCCUCGCGUAUGGUUGUGCCAAAGGCCGCCAUUUACCAAACACAGACCUUCUUUGCCAAAGGGAAGAUGAAGGAGAUCAAGCAGUUGGUGGCCAACAUCCGAGGGGAGUCGCUUUCUUCUGGCAAGACGGAGACAUGGAAUGGAAAGAUGCUGAAGAUUCCCCCUGUAUCUCCCUCCAUCCUUGACUGCAGUAUCAUUCGAGUGGAAUACUCACUCAUGGUGUAUGUAGACAUCCCAGGAGCCAUGAACCUGUCUUUAAACCUGCCCCUGGUGAUUGGCACCAUUCCUCUCCACCCUUUCGGUAGCCGUACAUCUUCUGUGAGCAGCCAGUGCAGCAUGACCAUGAGCUGGUUAGGCUUGGCCCUCCCUGAGAGACCUGAAGCUCCUCCAGCCUAUGCAGAGGUGGUCACAGAACAACAGAGGCAGAGCUGUCUGGAAGUGUCGUCAGGGCGGGAGAACUAUGAUGGCCCGCUAUUCGCUUAUAUCCAGGAGUUCCGCUUCCGACCCCCUCCACCCUACUCCGAGAUUGAUCCACAUCCAGAUCAAGCCACAUCAGCUGCAGAGCACAGACUCGAAACCUGCCCGUCACGCUGAGAAAUGCAUGGCAUGAGCCCAAAGCGAUUGGGCUUUAGGAGCUUUCACUUUUGUUUAUCUCCCGAUGACAGUGAUUGGUUGCUUUGCUGUCACCACCAAGAGAAAACAACCCUUUAUGGGAAAACCCAGAAGUAAGGGCACAGAGUCACUGGCAAAUUACCUGACCCAGAUAUUCGGCCCUCGUGAUGGGACACGCCCCGUCGGACUUAGCCUGCAGAGCUCUAUCAAAGUAGUCACUUUUCUCAUGGUUUUCGGUAAAGUUUGACAAAGAACAUGCAGACCUUGUCCGAGAUCUGAAGAGAAAUGCAAGAAAACACUAGGACCGCAGAGAGAAACACGAUUUUUGAUUUAGACUUUUUUGUUUUUCUCAAUGAUUGUUUAUUUCAGUUUUUAACCUUUUAGACUAAGCGGUUGCAGGCUGUUGCAUGAGCCGCAAACAACGCAGAGAAGAUUCCGAGGAAUAACAGACUGAACGGA